GUAGGUUUGAUACAUUCGUGGGCGGGCUGGACUAGCACAUAGUGCGCAGAUUUAGAGCACAGGCGUUGAUUUCUGCACUAAUCCAUCGACAGGAGUAAUUACAGCCAAAUAAAUGGAGGACACAAAGCUUGAGGAGACGCCCGUGGAGGAGCAGAAAGAUGAGGAGAAUAAGUUCUGUCCAGAGAAACUGGAGGAAGCCAAACUGAAGGCCAAAUACCCUCACCUGGGCAAUAAACCCGGAGGAUCUGACCUGCUCAGGAAAAGACUGCAGAAAGGGCCAAAGUACUUUGACUCGGGCGACUACAAUAUGGCGAAGGCCAAGAUCAAGAACAAGCAGCUUCCCACAGCUCAGACGGAGAAGGCGGAGAUCACUGGCGACCACAUCCCAACCCCUCAGGACCUGCCGCAGAGGAAACCCUCUUUGGUGGCCAGCAAACUGGCCGGCUGAUACCCUCUGCUGGCCUUCACUCCCACUACCUGUCUCGUCAUCCACAUUUCUCUCUGAUCCUGCAUUCCUGACUCUGUCCUGUCCUCUCUUCUCUUACCUCCAUGUGAAAAUACACUGAAUAUUCAAGGGUUGCAGAUGUUACAGAGCUGUACCGAACUGCAGCACUGUGAGAUGUGUUGCUUGUGGCCCAAGAGGGGGUGAAGUUCUCAAAGGUCUUCUGAUAUUUAAUGUGUUAUAGUAUAUAGUUGGAAGUGUACAUAUUUACUAGUAAGUGAGGGCAAAUGGCAUUUUACAAGUUGUUUUACAUUUUAAUUGGAACCAUUCCUGAAUUACCCACUGCUUAAAAGGAUAGUUCACCAAAAAAUGUCAUAAUUUACUCACCCUACAUCUUGCAUUUCAUUAUCAAAUGGCUUCAGAAGUCAUGUGGACACCUAUGGCGCUUGACAGCCUCAGUCCCCAUUUGCUUUCAUCAUAUGGCCUUAAGAAUAAAGGUUUGAAACAACGUGAGGAUGAGCAGAUAAUGACAGAAUUUUCAUUUUUUGGUGAACCAUCCUUUUAAUUAGGGAGUUGUGCUUGAAUCGAUAAUGAACUGAAAGUAAACGCUAAUAAUGUCGUUGAUCUGCACCCUGUUUCUUUCACGAGAAGGCUCUUUUCUUUUUGUAAUGUUUCAGCUUUAUGUGGAGGACAUUCAGUUGGUCAUGUUUGAGAGCAUGUAAUGCAGAUCUCUAAGGCUGCUGUCAGCUUGCCUUGUAUCAUAGUGCUUAAAGCCUUAUAAUGAUGUAGUGUCAGUGCACAGAUUGGCAAGCAGUUCUAGAUCCUCACAACACAUUCAUUUCAUAUAUGACUUUUCGUGUUUGGUAUUAGACAGCAAGCAGUGAGGAGGCCUCUCCACCCUCUAAUGUUCACGAUAAACUCCAUGAGAUCACCUGUAUCUUGUCUUCUAUGCAGAGGAGGAAAGCAGUUGUCUGUUGGCUCCUCACGCCACGGUCUGCAUGAGCAUAAACUGUGGUCGCUUUUGAGCCAUUUUGACUUGUAAAUAAAAUAGUUUUGCAAACCU